UCUUCCUGUCGCAUUUGUGAUGAAACUAUUUAAACUCAAAGCAUUUGCCUCAGUAAAUCCCAAGUCUCCCCUCAAGUCCAUUGUCAGCCCAUUCCAUGUCGAUGCUCACAUGAUCAAGACUGGCUUUGAUCUCCAAACGUACCACUCUAAUCACCACCUCCAGUCUCUGCUUGACCAGGGACAACUGUUGAGAGCACGCAAGCUGUUCGACGAAAUGCCUAUGAAGAACACUUUCACUGCCAACCGCAUGAUCUCUGGCUAUGCAAAGAAUGGCUACCUCGAAGAGGCUCGUCGACUCUUCAACUGCACGGCAGACCGCACUGCGGUCACGUGGACUAUCCUAAUCAAUGCCUACUCCCAGGCUGCCCGACCUGAAGAAGCUUUUGACCUCUUCCGGUGCAUGUGGAGAUCGGGAAUCAGUCCUGAUCAUGUGGCGAUUGUGGCGUUGCUGAGUUCUUGCAGCUCACCAGACACAUCGAGCUGCGUCGUUCAGGUUCACACGCACAUCAUUAAGUCUGGAUUAGGCAACACAGUUAUGGUCUACAAUACCAUGGUGGACUCGUACUGCAAGUGCGGCAAUGUCCGGUUGGGUAGAAAGUUGUUUAAUGAGGCACGAGAAAGGGAUUCUGUUACCUUCAAUGCAAUGCUAAUGGGUCACACAAAAGAGGGAUCCUACUCUGAGGCAUUGGAGCUAUUUGUCACCAUGAGGAAUUUGAGGCUGAAGCCAUCUCAGUUCACAUUUUCUGGAGUUCUAACCACUGCUGCUGGUUUGUCUAAUCUUGGACUAGGCCAACAAAUUCAUGGUCUCGUCAUUAAGACGAAUUUCAGUUGGAACGUGUUCGUAUGCAAUUCUUUGCUGGAUUUCUAUUCGAAGUGCUGUUGCUUAACUGAGGCCAGGGCACUAUUUGAUGGGAUGGAAGAGAGGGACAAUGUUUCUUACAAUAUUAUGGUAUCCGGCUAUGCUUGGGAUCGGCACAUUGAGGAACUAAUUGAGCUCCUUACAGAGAUGCAGUUCCUUGGUUUCGAUAGGAGUCAAUUUCCUUUUCCAAGUCUGCUAAGUGUUGCAGGAAGUCUACCAGAUCUUGAAAUGGGGAGGCAGAUCCAUGCUCAAGUGAUUCUAACAGGGUCGGCAUGCGAUAACAUUUCUUGCAAUGCCCUUGUCGAUAUGUACUCAAAAUGUGGUCAUCUCAAGACUGCUAUGUUGAUAUUCAGGAAUGGGAUAGAUAAGGACACAGUUUCAUGGACUGCUAUGAUAUCAGGCUAUGUAGAGAAUGGGCUAUUCGAAGAAGCAGUGGGACUGUUCUGUGAGAUGAGAAGAGGUGGCAUGAGUCCCGAUAGAGCUACAUUUUCGAGCAUCUUGAGAGCUGCAUCUAGUCUGGCUUUGCUUUCGCUCGGGAAGCAACUACAUUCUAACGUUAUCAGGUGCGGAUACAUGAUCGAUGUGUUUGCAGGGAGUGCAAUUCUUGACAUGUAUGCAAGAUGUGGAUACCUUAUCUUGGCUCGGAAAAUUUUCAAUGAGAUGACCAACAAGAAUAUAGUUUCAUGGAACACAAUGUUAUCUGCACACGCGCAGAACGGACAGGGUAGGGAAGCCAUCGAACUGUUUGAAGAAAUGCUUCGACAGGAUGUCAAACCAGAUUCUGUCACUAUCCUCUGUGUUAUUUCCGCUUGCGGUCACAAUGGCCUCGUCGAAGAAGGCUUACAAUAUUUUCAUUCCAUGAGCAAAUUAUACGGACUGAAGCCAAAGAGAGAGCAUUAUGCUUGUGUCAUAGAUUUGAUGGGUCGUGUCGGGCGGCUAGAUGAGGUGGAAAAACUCGUCGAUGAGAUCCCUUUCGAGGCAGAUCAGAUCAUAUGGAACUCUAUCCUGAACUCAUCUAGGAUACAUGGGAACCAAGAAUUGGCUAGACAUGCAGCUGAUCGACUCUUUAGUAUGAAUAUCAAGGACUCGGCUCCUUUUGUCAUCAUGUCAAAUGUCUAUGCUCGAGCGGGCCAAUGGGAUGCUGCUGCCAAGGUUAAGAAAAUGAUGAGGGACCGAGGACUGAGGAAGGAACCAGCAUAUAGUUGGGUCGAGAUCAUGCACAAAAUCUAUGUUUUCUCUUCCAAUGACAACAUGAACCCUCAGAUUAAUGAGAUCAAAGAUCUACUUGAUAAGUUAAGUGAGGAGAUGGAAAAGGAAGGUUAUAGACCAGAUACUGGCUGUGCAUUUCAUUUGGUGGAUGAAGAGAGCAAAAUUGUGUCCUUGAGGUACCACAGCGAAAGGCUAGCGAUUGCGUUCGCUAUCCUAAACACGGGUCCUGGAACACCCAUAGUUGUGAUGAAGAACAUACGAGCGUGCACAGAUUGCCAUGCCGCAAUCCAGGUGAUAGCCAAGAUUGUCGAGAGAGAAAUCACUGUAAGGGAUUCAAGUAGGUUCCACCAUUUCAAAGAUGGAUUGUGCUCUUGUGGAGAUUUUUGGUAGCUCCAUAGCAAAGACAUACAAAGACAUUGUUUGGUUCUUUCGUUUGUUUUUAUGACAGAAAGAGCAAAGAUGUUAUUUAAGGAUAAGAAGUCGACGAGACAAACUCCCUACCGAGAAGUCAAAAAAAGGAUUCCCCCCCCAAAAAAUAUAAAAUUACUUUAAAAAAAAUCAAUGUAAUUUGUCAUGUGACAAAAGAUGAUUCACUCACUUUAAUAUCCCAUCAGUUCAUCCCCAAGUCAACACAGAGAAAGUAAAUCAUGGAUGACUACUAAUCAUUAGUGCAGGUGGUCAAAAUAUAAGAGAAGACAUGUUCAGACAUACCAAGUUUCGACUCCAAGAUCUCAUAUGAUAACACUUCAUGUCUUAAUCAUCACACCGCCGGGAAGAGAUAACUGGCCUUUCUAAUCAUGUGUCUUAGAUGAAUAGUCAUUUUAUAUCAUCUAUGGUAUCAAUUCACAUGUAUUUUUUCGGUUACUUAUGGCAUGUAUUAUGUAUAGUGGGAAGCUUCACUAUCUUUCUAUUU